AUUGAUUAUGUAUUGAGAGAUACCAUAAAGUAACGGCUGGGUAUUUUUAGAGAGUUUUCAAAAUGGCUGCCGUUUUGUGAAAAGUGUUUUUACAACAAGAAGAAAAUGUGAAUAUCCUUCCAGCAUGAAGUUAUCAAAUUUAUGAUUUGAUUGUCAUAAAAACCAUAGAUAUGGCGACCAAACGGCCAGCAGAUGAUUCAUCUGGGUCAGCUGGACCUGCUGCCAAGAAAGCUCUUACCAGAAUUGAACCUCUCAAGAUUGGUCCAAUAUCAAAUCUGGAGGAACUAGAUCUCAAAGUUUUAGUUUUUCAAAACAAGAAGUUAGCUGAAAGAAUUGAACAACGUAAGCGUGCAGAAAGUGAACUACACAAAAGAAUUGAACAGCUAGAAAACCGACAACGUACUGAUGAUGCUGUACUUAUGAUAGUUAACAGAUACUGGAAUCAGCUUGAUGAAGAUGCACGUGUGUUGCUGCAGAGAUUUGAUGCUGAAACAGCUGAUGAAAAUGAAACCAAAAAUGAGAGUGAUGAGACGACAGCGUUUCUUGCGCUGCUGUCGACGUGGGACAAGCAGGAACUGGAAGAGAAGCUGAGUCAGAGGGUGGAGUUCUCAAAGCGAGCAAUCGGCAAACUGCUCCAGGCCUUCGACCGACUGCUGCAGAGGAACGAGAAGCUUCACAAGGUCCUAGAGAACAAGGCUGAGAAGGACAAGGAAGAUUUGCUGGGGGUCGUGGUUAAGCCGGCCAAGGAUUCAGAUGAUGAGGAUGAAGAGAAAGACGAUGACAAGUCUGAUGAGGACAAGAAGGAUGAGGAGGAUGGGAAGGAAGACGAGACACAGAAGAAGCUGGCGGAGAUUGAGAGUAUGGUGAAGGAGGAGCUGGACCACUUGCGGAAGGAAAACAAACAGCUGCACAACCUCGUCACCAGCCUGCAUCAGCGUCACCAUGAGCAUACACUCAAAAUCUCCGAGCUCCAAGAUCAGGUGACAGCGUCCGAGACUGAGAUUGCAGAGAUGAAGAACAAGGUGGAUGAUCUGGAAUAUCAGUUUGAGAAAGCAGAUCAGCGGUGUGAGAAACUGGAUAGACAUUUGUCAGAGGCCUUCUCCAAGCUGAGGAACUAUGAGGAGACGACUGGAGCCAUCACUGUGGAGGGAAUCAAGAGUAUCGGAGGAGUUUCCAAAACUAGGCUGGAUGAGAUCCUGUCGGAGCUAGAGGAGCAGCGAGAGCUGGCCACCAACCGCCUGACGGAGCUGGAGAAGCUCAACAAGGAUCAUCAGGAGGCCUGCAAGGAGGUGGAGAAACUCAAGAUGGAUCUUCAGCACCUGCCCGAGGCAGUCAUCAUCGAGACGACGGAGUACAAGUGUCUUCAGUCCCAGUUCUCUGUGCUGUACAACGAGAGCAUGGCCAUCAGAACACAACUGGAAGACGUGCGCAACCAACUCCAGAACAACAAGAACGGGCAUCUGCGUCACAUUGAACAGAUGGAGAGUGAUGAGCUGGCGUGCCAGAAGAAGCUGCGGACAGAGAUGAUACAGCUGGAAGACAUGCUGGCACAGCUGCGGAAGGAGUACGAGAUGCUGAGGAUAGAGUUCGAGCAGACACUUGCAGCUAAUGAACAGACAGGCACCAUCAACCGGGAGAUGCGGAACCUGAUCCAGUCCCUCCAGAACCACAACCAGCAACUCAAGAUGGAGUCGGCCAGGUACAAGCGCAGACUGAAGGAGACGCAGGUGGAGAAUGCCAGGUUAAAGGCUGAAGGUUCCGGAUCAACGUCAUCAACUCCCUCAUUGUCGUCGGACACGAAGGAGAUCAAGGAGGAAGCCCCCGUGACCACCCCGCCAGCCACCAUCAAGCUGGAGCCAGAGCUGCUGCCGGUGAAGAAGGAGGAAGAUUUAUCAGAUGACAUGGCGGAGUACCGUGAGAAGGGCAAGACGGACUCCGAGGUCAUCAAGGAACUCCGGGCACAGCUCAAGAAGGCCCAGGACAGUCAGAAGGAGCUGAAGCUGCUGCUAGACAUGUACAAGAGUGCACCCAAGGAGCAGCGGGACAAGGUCAUGCUGAUGGCCUCGGAGAAGAAGUCUCGUCAGGAAAUGGAGGAGAUAAGGGCACAGAUCAAGAAGAUGCAGGAGGCGGAGAAGAAGGAAAAGAGGAAGCUGGCAGAGGAAGACGCCAUCAGAAAGAUCAGGAAGAAUGAGGAGACAAUCUUGGAGCUCCAGAAAAACCUGGCAUCUCAGAAACAGAGAGAAGAGGCCUUGCUGAAUGACCUUGAGGUCACCGGACAGGCAUUUGAGGACAUGCAGGAACAAAACACACGCCUCCUACAGCAGCUCCGGGAGAAGGACGACGCCAACUUCAAACUGAUGUCAGAGCGGAUCAAGUCGAACCAGAUCCAGAAGCUGCUGCGAGAGGAGAAGGACAUCCUGGUGGAGCAGGUGUCGACGCUGCAGCUGCAGGUGGAGGCGCAAAACGAGGUGGUGCGCAAGCUGGAGGAGAAGGAACGCAUACUGCAGAACAACCUGUCUACAGUCGAGAAGGAGCUCAGCUUGACCCAGCAGGCGAUGGAGAUGCACAAAAGGAAGGCAGUUGAGAGCUCCCAGACAGCUGCUGACCUCAAGCUCCACCUGGACAAGUACCAGUCCCAGCUCAAGGAGGCCCAGGUUGCUGUGGCCGAGAAGACAGGUGCUCUCGAACAGGAGGCAUACAAGUAUAAGAGAACUCAGGAAGAGAUAGCCAAGCUUCAGCGUAAGCUUGAGAGGAGUAAGAAGAUUGAGAUGGCCGGGGCUGCUGACGAGGUUCUGCUGGAGGAGAUCAAGGAAUAUAAGGAACAACUGACCUGUCCCUCUUGCAAAGUUAACCGGAAAGAUGCAGUGCUCACUAAAUGUUUCCAUGUAUUCUGUCUGGAGUGUUUGCGAACUCGCUACGAAACCCGACAACGGAAAUGUCCAAAGUGCAAUGCUGGCUUUGGAGCCAAUGACUUCCACAGACUGUAUUUGACUUGAUGGAGGGAGCUGUGUGCUGCUCAGCACUUUAGGAGAUGACUUCAUUUCAGACUUGUCACAGGUUAAAUCUUUGUCCAAACUUCACGGGUUUGUAUGCAUUCUGUUUCUCCAUCACCCAUCAGUACAUGUUGUUCCUGUGGGAAUUCACAGUUAAAAUAGUCUCAUGGUAAAGUGGUCUCAUGUAUCUGUGGGUGAUGGAGAAAAGAUUAUACAAAUGGUGAAGUACUUGUAUUGGCGAUGAGGUUCUGUCUGUAGCAAAGGUUCCAUCGUUAAAAAUGACACAAGCAUUUUGCCAUCCUCUGUUAUCCAGUGUGCAUUAUCUUCUUUUUAUUAUCAUCGAUACAACCAUAAUGAUAUGGACCAAACAGUGCUAUAGCUAUGAAUUAAGUCUUAUUUGAAUGACAUGUUCUUAACAAUAACAAUGCAGUCAGAUCACAGAUUUUUAUUCAUUUUGUGGAAAGUUAUUUACACCUGGGAUAGACAUAUCAUCACUUACUUCCCAAAUGAGUGAAUUUGGUGUUUUGUCAGCAGGGGCACUCGAGAAAUGGGAUUCACACAUUUGACCCUUGUUGGACACAAACACAUACUUCGGCAUGACAGGUGAAGGCUAUAACCACUAGGCUGUCCCACUUUCAACCACUUCAUAAUUGAAUCUGUGAAUGUGUCCAGGGCAUUAUCAUUGUCACUUGAUAUACUACUCCACUUUUAAUAAGGAUAUGUAUAUCUGUCUGUUAAACACAACACCGACUCAUGUGUCAUUUGACUCUCUUUUAAAUAUUCUAUUAUCCUUAUCAAAGAGUGAGUGAGUGUAGUUUUACGCCACUUUUAGCAAUAUUCCAGCAAUAUCACAGCGGGGGUCACCAGAUGUGGGCUUCACACAUUGUACCCAUGUGGGGAAUUGAACCUGGGUCUUCGGUGUGACAAGCGAAUGCUAUAACUACUAGGCUACCCCACUGCUCCUUUUAUCCUUAUCAAAUAUUGAGUGGUAUAUAUAAUACAUUGGAUAGUGGAGGAUGGCAUUUUGGCUAUUUGUAAUGAUUUUAUCACAAAGUCAUCAUUAAGCAUUGUUCCAUUACAUCAUAUUUUACAAAUGCUUGUGAAGCAUAUCAAAAAGUGAUUAAAUUCAAUUUCCAUCAAAUAACCUUGAAUGGUGGCUUUAGAAGCUCUGACUGUCAUAAGUUCUGUGUAAUCAAUCUGAAUUAACCAUAUUAGCAUUAGCACAGAUGUUAGUUCACACUGUUGAUAGCGUUUAUCAUCUUGAAGUACUAAUGGCGUCAUUUCAUUAACUUAUUCGAAUAUCUACAGGUUGGUACAUUUCCAGUACAGAAUCAUACGGAUAUAAAUACUACUUCAAUAUUUAUGUUUCAUUCGAUGCUUAUUGUGCUAGGUGAAGUUGUGAGGACACGAUAACAUGGAAGUAGGCCUGUGUGAGACACCCAAUAACAUUUAUGUGAUGAGAUUCAUUUCUUUAUUUUGACACAUUUCAGCUCGAGGCAUUUUUCAUUCCUAUUAUGUGUAUGGUGUCUUCAACUUCAUUGUAUUUUGGACCCUAGUGAUGUAUUCUGGAACGAUACCAUUCAUAUCUUGAUAGUAAUGUUACUCUAGGCUCUUAACUUGUAUACAAGAGCCCUUGCCUCGCCUAAUGAAACCCUGUAAUUUGGUUUGAGAAACAUUGAACAUAACUUCAAAAAAUAUUUUUACAAGUCAUUUGUACUGUUCUACAAUACCAUUCUUAUUAGUGUGGGUAUUUCAUGGGUUAGAAAAUAGAACUUACCGGGGCCUACCUUCCUUUCCUUGUUCAAUGCAAUCAGGAUGCUCAUGAUGUUGAUCACUGGAAUGUCUGGUCCAGACUUGAUUAUUUACACACCAUCGCCACAUAGCUGGAAUAUUGCUGAGAGCGGCGUUAAACAACAUACCAGGCGUUAAACAACAUACCAACCUCGAAGUCGAUGAGUCGAUACCAGAUAAUAUGACUUCAUGGACAACAACUUCCUCAAAGCAAUCGUAACCUUACGACCUGUCAUAACGCUGUAGUUUACUAUAGGCUUAUGAACGUCAUAGGGCUUACAACGUUUGGAGGAUCGGGGCCCUAUGAUUAAGUUCAAAUUGUAUACUUAAUUCUAAGGUGGUUUAGAAAUAGUAUGUUCAAAUUCUUAAAGCAUGUAGCAUUGAAAUAUGAGCCUUUUUUUUGUAGAUAUUGGAAGGUGAUGAAAAUAUUAGUAGACAAGACAGAAAGUUCGUUUGAUUUUUCUAUUUGUGUACAGAUUGUUAGUUAUUCUGUCAUAACUUAUAGUUAGGUUUUACUCAUACAAACAUUGAAUCACAAUGUCGUCAAUGCCUUUGAACUGUAUGGUUUUUAAGACAAUAGAAAUGUAAUUCAUCAUCCAAAGUUCACAUCCACAGAAGAUACUACCAGAUGAAAUGUCAUCACAGCUCUUUAGAGAUCAUUGUGAUGUCAAUGGCUCCCAUGAUGAUGUAAGCCGAUUCCAGGCUCCAUUUGCGUGUCGUCAACUUGCACCAAAGCCUGUAAAUGAGAGGUGGAGUUCAGCUUAACCAUGGGGUCACAAUCUAAUGACAACUCUAUGUUCUUUGCCGGGGAAGAAUGUCAGCUCUUUUACACUCUGUCAUUGCUUACAAGCUGAAAAAAUCGAAAGAAUGAGUUUGGAUGAGAACAGAUUCUCAACUUUGUGUCUUUUGAUAUCAGUGUUUUAUACUGUCAUGACUUGUGUUGAUAUGUUUGAUGUCAUGAGACACUGAGGUGAGAUUUCCCCUGUGUAUGUAGAAAGUGAGUUUGGUUUGGAUUCUGGGUGGAAUGUUUGUACCUAUUAUCAUCGCCUUAACUGUAUCCUGUGUGUUACACAAGCAUGUUUGUACACAAGUAUGACCUGCUGGAGUUAGUAUCUGUGAGGUGUAUCCUGUAUCAUGUACCAUGUGUGUAAGAAAGCGUGGGAGGCGAUUGUAUGCUGUGUUGAACAUCCUCGUCUUAUUUUCAUCAACUCUCAUCACAAUAAACCAAUACCAAAGAAA